AGCGGGUGGUGCGGGAGGCGCCUCGGCGGGCUCCAUGGAGGAGGCGCGGGGCCACAGGGCGCUGUACAAGACGGCGGGCGCGCCGCCCUGGAAGGACACCUACCGGAAGCGAUGCGCUGAGAGGCUGCGGAACAGCCGGUCCCGGCUCCUGGAGCGGUACCGCCGGGCUGGAGGAGGAGGAGGAGGAGGAGGAGGAGGAGGAGGAGGAGGAGGAGGAGGAGGAGGUGGCGGGGUCCGGGCCGCGCCGGACCCUUUCCUGGUGCAGGAGGUGAUGGAGGUGGAGUGGAGGGACCUGCGGGCAGCCCACGGCAACCCGGCCCCCCAGGACGCCAACGAGAUGUUCGGACAGGUGAAGGACCCCGAGGAGCUGGCCGUUUUGGAGGAAAUCCAGCAGGAGCUGAUGAACCAAGAGCUGAGCCUCGUGGCGGAGUACGAGCAGAGCGUGCGGUUCGACGAGCGCUGUCUCCACGCCCUGCUCCAGGGGCUGCAGCGGGACCACCUCAUCUGCCCCGUCUGCUCCAGGUACAAUCUGUCCGUCUCCGGCGGCGAGGUGGUGUGCCAGUGCGGACUGCACCUCCUAUCACCGUCGUUCACAGUUGCAGGGACGCAACCGGCCCCUCUCCCCGGCCCCCAGGGCGCGGAGCUGACCGAGCAGAAGCUGCGGGCAUGCCUGGAGGCCAGCCUGGCGGAGCACAACAGCUUCUGCUCCCACCAGCCCCACUUCUCCGUCAGCUGCGGCACCGAAGAGGCUCCCAGCCUUUUUAUGAGCUGCCAGGCCUGCGAGUCGUGGACGGUGGUGCUCUGACCUCCCGCGGCGGGGGGGCCGGGAGGCCUCGAAGGGAGGGGGCUUGUAUUAUAUGGAGUCGCACGCGAACGCCGCGCUUUGGAAACUCUACGGUGUUGGAUUAAAGCUCUGUCACGGAUGUA